CGGUAGCUUACCUUAUUCUCUUAACCAGCCGCUGGAGAAAAAGACGGAGAAGAAGAACGUGUACCAUUAGUUAGCAUAAACAGCUAGCAUUAUAGCUGUGUAGGGAUAUCUUGAAAACAUCUAGCAACCCACCAAGACAAAUUCAUCAGAGAACAUUAUAUACCGGCGACCGCACCAAUCCCCACUUUAGGUGUUUUUUUGAAGGUCACAUUUCAUCUGGUACAGUGACACUGUAUAACUACUGGCAGUCCGGUGACCCAAGAAAAGAAUGUGCUGCAGCUGAAGAUGGGGGGUAGCGGCUCCAAAUCCAAAGGAUUUUGGCCUUUUUCAGGCUCAGUUAGUGGAGAAGAUCCAAUCAAAGAUGGAGAGGAACAGUCAAUGGCAAGAGUUCGGAGUUUCACAGGCGCUACACCUUUUGUGCUAACUAGACGAAGCUCUCUGUACUUUGAUGAAGAUGGCGACUUGGCCCAUGAGUUCUAUGAAGAGACAAUUGUGACAAAAAAUGGACGAAAAAAAGCCAAGCUGAAGAGGAUUCAAAAAAACUUAACACCUCAGGGAAUUAUAAAGCUGGAGAUCCCUUGCAUCCAUGUAGAUUUCCCAGUUGUCCUCUGUGAAGCCUGAUGAUGUCUGAGGGGUGUCUCAGACUAGCCACUGUGUCAACUCCGUCCUGUGGUUUCCCCUACAGCUGGAAGCCUGAACCACGUUUUAAUAUAUUUGUUCUUGAUAUAUUUGAUGCCCUUGUGUGGACAGGCUGAUGCAAUGUGAGUGAGCCUCUGCAUGUGAUCUGUUUUGGCUUGUGUGAAGUUAGACAGAAUAGAUCACCCAUGGAGAUCUAGAAGGAUGCCAAGUUGGCAAAACCUACUCAGUUUACAGAUCAUGGUUUGUCUGCAUGUAAGUGUGAAUGUGUGUGCAGACACGGGAUGACAUGGGACAGUCCUGAGUUUAUUACUGCAUAUUGUUUUCUGGUUUGAUUCAUCAAACUCUUGGAUUUUGAGCAGAAGGCAACCAGUUCUUCCCAGUGUCACGGUCCUAUCUGGAGCUGGAAAGUUCAAGCGCACACUUUAUUUUUUGACACCAUCAUGACUUGCUUUUUAUGCAUGGAACAGGAUCUGCUUGUUGGUAAUAGCCUAGGGAGUUGACAAUCAGUGGCACACAAAAGUGGAUUUAUGUCAUUAUAACGCUGGAUGGACUGGCUUCAGUGACCUCAGAGCCACACAUGUACACAGCAGCAGUGAGUCUAGUAAGAAAACCUGUUGUUUUGUUUGCUGCUUUGGCAUAAUAUGUUUCACUUUUAAUUUAUUAUAACUGUUUUAUAAUUACAAUAUCAAAUGCUUAACUGUGUCAUUGUCCUUUUUAUACAUAAUAGCUAAAAGAAUAUAAGGUAAUUUACUUUCUCAUAAAGAUAGAAGUGGAAAGAUUAUCCAUAGAAACAGUUAUAAGUCAUUGCCUGUCAAAACUCUUGGAGAGCAUCAAGUUCUACAACUCAACAUGUACAUCUGCGCUCUGUUUAUUUGGAUGAUUUUAAUUGAAUAAAAAAUAAAACUGAGGCUCCCA